AUGGCAGCAAGACUCGACAUCCAGGCCGCCGUGCAAGCCGACCUCCAAGGCACCCCCUACGCCGUGACUUCCCUCACGCCUCUCGCCGGCGGCACCGCCAACUUCAUCUUCAAAGCCAGUCUCCGGACACCCCUCCAAGACGGCACCCGCGAGGUCCUCGUCAAGAACUCCCAGGCCUACGCUGCCGGCUACCCAGCCUUGGCCCUACCCCUGCUCCGCUGCGAAAUCGAAGUGCAGAGCCUGCGCAUCCUCGCCGACCUGCCGCCCGUCAUCUCCUCCAACUACGAGAUCCGCACCCCGCUCCUCCUCCACUACCACGCCGAGACGCACACCCAGAUCCAGGAGCACCUCGGCCGCGCAACCAGCCUCAAGGAGUAUGCCCUCAAGCACUACGCCGCGGUGCCGACGCCCUCCGCCCUCGAGCCGCAGUGUCACCGGCUGGGCGUGGCCCUGGGCACGUGGCUGCGCGCGUUCCACGCCUGGAGCGAUCACCCCGGGAGGAGGGCCCUGCGCGACGCCCUGGCCCGGAACAGAGACAUGCGGAGGUUGAAACGGGUCGUCAACUACGACCACCUGGCGCAGAGGGCGCAGCGGUACCCCCGCGUCCUGGGAGGCUGCGAGCCCGUGCUGCGGCAGAUUGCCGACAUGGCGGCGGCGGAGCUGGAGGACGAGAGCAAGCUACACGUCAUUCACGGGGACUUUUGGACGGGAAACGUCCUGCUGCCGGACCUGGUCCCUGAGGCGUCACAGCGGGUUCCAGUUCCGGUCAGGAUAGUCGACUGGGAAAUGGCCCAGGUGGGCGUCAGGGCCGAGGACCUGGGUCAGCUGGUUGCCGAGCUGUGGGAGCUCAAGCUGUACAAGGACGCGGACGCCGGGCUGUGGAUGAUCCAAGGCUUUGCGCAAGGCUACGGCCAGGUGGACGCCGAGCUGGGCUUUCGCGCGCUGCUCCACGUCGGCGCUCACCUGGGCAAGACGUUGCCGCUGUUGGGAGAGACGUGCUGCUGGAUGCUUGGGGGAAGAAAGCCGAGGGCUUUCGGAACCACCCUCUUGGCUGCCUUUUGGGCCUUUGAAAAACACACUUGGCCGACUCUGACCUACGUCUGGGCCGUCUGGGCCGUCUGGGCCAUCUUUCGGGUUUGGAACAAUCACCUGCCAGACUAA